GGUCCUCUCUCUUCUUAACCCAAUCCUGGCAAAACGAAACCAAAGGAGGCACACGAGACAACGCCCAGUUGCUGCAGCGAGCCGGGAAGCCGGAAAAGAUGGCGUCUUUGGCGCAGCAGUUCACCGGCCUGAGAUGCCCGCCGCUCCGUCGCUCCCGCCUCUCCUACAAGCACUUCGCUGCUCGCCGGCGAACCCACGCCGCCGGCGGUUCUCCCAAGAAGCCUUCCUCGCUGACCGUCGUCUCCGCGGUGGCCAUCUCCAAUGCCCAGACCCGGGAGCGGACCGACCUGAAGCAGGUCUUCGAGGACGCCUACGACCGGUGCCGCACUGCCCCCAUGGAGGGCGUCGCCUUCACUCUCGAGGAUUUCCACACCGCCCUCGAUAAGUACGACUUCAAUUCCGAGCUCGGAACCAAGGUGAAGGGAACCGUUUUCUGUACAGAUGCCAACGGGGCCCUUGUUGAUAUAACUGCAAAAUCUUCAGCCUUCUUGCCUGUCCAAGAGGCAUGUAUUCACAAGAUAAAGCAUGUUGGAGAAGCUGGUAUAGUUCCUGGCUUGAAAGAGGAGUUCGUAAUUAUCGGAGAAAAUGAAGCUGAUGAUAGUUUGAUCUUGAGCUUAAGAGCAAUACAGUAUGAUCUUGCUUGGGAAAGAUGUAGGCAGCUUCAAGCUGAAGAUGUCGUGGUUAAGGGCAAGGUUGUUAGUGCAAACAAAGGUGGAGUGGUUGCCGUGGUGGAGGGCUUGCGAGGAUUUGUUCCUUUCUCUCAAAUAUCAACCAAAACAGCUGCAGAAGAGCUUCUUGAGACGGAACUCCCGCUGAAGUUUGUGGAAGUUGAUGAGGAGCAGUCUAGGCUUGUCCUCAGUAACCGCAAGGCGAUGGCAGAUAGCCAGGCCCAGUUAGGCAUUGGAUCAGUGGUUAUCGGAACAGUUCAGAGUCUGAAGCCUUAUGGUGCCUUCAUUGAUAUUGGCGGAAUUAACGGACUCCUCCAUGUCAGUCAGAUCAGCCAUGACCGUGUCUCCGACAUAGCAACCGUUCUUCAACCUGGAGAUACUCUCAAGGUUAUGAUUUUGAGCCACGACCGCGAGAGAGGCAGAGUGAGUCUUUCAACCAAGAAGUUGGAACCUACUCCUGGUGACAUGAUUCGCAACCCAAAGCUUGUUUUUGAGAAGGCGGAGGAGAUGGCACAGACAUUCAGGCAGAGGAUUGCUCAAGCAGAAGCGAUGGCUCGUGCGGAUAUGCUUAGGUUCCAGCCUGAGAGCGGAUUGACUCUGAGUUCUGAUGGGAUCUUGGGUCCGCUUUCUUCCGAUUUGCCAGCAGAAGGCCUAGACUUGAGCGAUGUUCCCGCAGCCGCCAAUGAACUGUGAUUGAGAUUGCCAUGGUGUAAUGUUUCCAAUUAAAUCAUUUCUUGUAGAGAAACUGUUGCAGGUUGCAACUAUAUCGGCACAUGUGCCGUAAGCUAGGAAAAGAAAUUAUUGAUUCGACCA